GGAAGCGAGUGUGCGAUGAGGGAGGAAGUUUGUGGGCGUGAGUUACUGUGCCUUGUUUACCCGUGUGUUGUAUUUUUAACUUGAUAUUGAAAGACACGCCGUGUUACGAAAUGUGCGUAGUUUGUUGUCAAGACACUGUCAUCUAAUCCAAGGAAAUGCAUUUUGCAGAAUCAACAACUUAGAAAUUUUUCUUUUUGUUUUGUUUUUUUGGGGAGUAAGUAAGACACUACGAGAAAGGGAAAAUAAAGACGCUGAAUAGUUAUCACAGUGCUUCACUCUUCGUUUGGAUGAUUCACUGGGAAGUGCGAUGCACACUGGCAUGUCGAGGAUGAGAGGACUGUAUUUAUAAACAUGACUUCUGUGUGGAAAAGACUGCAGCGAGUUAACAAGAGAGCAGCAAAAUUUCAGUUUACUAUUUCCUAUCACCAGCUAACGUUAGAGACUACUUCGAAAUGGAAGCCAACAAAAUUAAGUGUUGUAUGGACUCGCCGAAGUCGACGUGUUGUAACAGAGCCCUUGGCGUGGGAACCAACCAUGAAAGAUCCACUACGUGGUGUUGUCGUGUGGGCAGUUCCAGAGAAUAAAGAAAUUACAGUAACAUUAUUCAAAGAUCCAAGAACACAGGAACUGGAAGACAAGGACUGGACUUUUCUAGUUGAAGAUGUUCCAGCAACUGGCAAACGUCGUCAGUUGGCAGCAACAAAUAUUAACAUGCGCAAAUAUGCCAGUGUAGACUCCAAGCAGAGUCAUUUGAACAUGACUUUGAAACCAGUAACUAAGAAAAUUGUUGGUGCCACGUUGGAGGCAACACUAUUUUGUGUUCUUGUCCGGGAAGGGAAAGCCACAGAUGAAGAUAUGCAGAGUAUGGCGAGCCUGAUGAGUAUGAGUGACAUAGCACCUCUUGAAGAUUUUGAGGAUGAGGAGGAAGAUAGUUCAAAACUUCAGGAAGUGGCGGAUCUUGCAAAUCAGAUUGACUUGUUGACUAAUAGUUUGAGUGAGUCAGAAUUUGCUAGCACACCCAUCAGUGUUGCAAGUUUGUCCUCCUAUAUUAAAGAUGAAACAACACCUAUAGCAUCUGAAAAUAUGAGCUUCAUGGGGGACUCAGUAGUUACAGGGAUUCCAGAUGUUGUCGCUGAACUCGAUAAAAAGAGUGAUGAUGCAAGAAGCAAAAGCAUGAUUGAAAGCAGUACUCAUGGUGCCCCACAAGAGACCCUGGAAAUUCAAGAAAAGGAGAGUACUCCCAAAAGAAAGUUGAGCCUGAAUUUGCAGCCUCUGAAUUUUGAGCAGGGUGAACGAAAAUCUCCAAAACUUGCAGAAACCACUCCAGGCCAAGACCUAUUGGAAUGGUGCAAAGAGGUAACCCAAGAUUAUCCUGGAGUGAAAGUGACCAAUCUAACAACAUCUUGGAGGAAUGGCAUGGCCUUCUGUGCUGUUAUACAUCAUUUCCGUCCAGAUCUUAUAGAAUUUGAUUCACUCUCCACUCAUGAUGUGAAAGGAAAUUGUAAGAAAGCAUUUGAGGCUGGUGAAGCCCUGGGAAUACCAAAGGUGAUUGAACCAGGAGACAUGGAUUUGUUAACAGUGCCAGACAAGUUGGCAGUAAUGACAUAUUUAUAUCAGUUGAGGGCCCAUUUCACAGGCCAUGAACUGGAAGUGCAGCAAAUUGGGAAAACAACUGAUGAAUCUUCAUACAUGGUUGGUCGUUUCAAUACGGAUACUGACACGGAUGUCACAGUCCAGCUGUUUGGCCAAGAAAUUAUGAAUCUCCGCAAACGGGAAACAGCAGAGCGAAAUCAGCAGAACAGGUCUUCGUACAGGAGGUCUGCUUCAAUUGAUUCGGAAGGAACAGGUGACAGUGAAGGAAACAAAAGUGCAGUUCUUUCCCCAAAGACAGCUCGGCAGAACUCUUUACUUAGGCUCCGGUUACCACUUGUGUCUGGUGACUCUGGGGACAAUUCAGAAAAGUCUCCAACAUCGGUAAAAGAUGUCAAAGACAAAAUUCUUGCCAGCUCAAAGAGUAUAAUUGGAAAAGUUUUGUCCCCUACCAAGGACAAAUUUAAUAGAGAAAAGAGUAAAUCUCCAGUAGCAAAUACUCAGCGUCCAGUACUUAUGACAAGGCGUCAACUGACUGAUCCGUUUGCAUCAGAUGAAGAAGAUGAGAGUCCCAAAAAUGAUGGCGAAGAAAAGAAAUCUCCAACAAAUACGGUGUCCCUCUAUCGCUUGUCACAAGACAAUCAAUCUGUUAAAUCAUAUGACACGAAGAUGAACAAAGAGAAUCCAGACUUGCAGGACCAGCCUGCUUCACCAGCCCAUAGUGAACCACUUACACGGCAUCAAAUUCUAACACGUCAUGAUGAAUUGAGAGAGCGUGCUCGUCAGCUCCUGGAACAAGCCAGAAGAGAAGUAACAAUUCGUGGGACUAACAGCCAUUUAACAGUUCAGUCACCAGUCAAGGAUGAUGAGGAGAGGCAGCAACAGUUACGAGAAAGAGCACGAAAGCUUAUUGCUGAAGCAAGAAUGGGUGUUGUUCCUACUUCACCAAAUGAGUUUAACAGCAAAGUCACAGGUGCUAGUGACAAUAGUCCUUCUAGGGAGAAUGAAAAGUCUGAUGACCAGAAUAAUGUUUUGUCACGGACCUUGGAGAGAAUGAAAGAUUCACCUCCAGUGCAAUCACCAGAGCAUAAAGAUGAACAGAAUGGUAACAUCACACCAUGGAGUCCAACGAAAAGUCCGACUAGUCCCACAAAGGUUUUGGAGACCUCUGAUAAUAGUCAUGUUGCACAAAAUAUUAUGGAUGAAGCAAACACUAAUAAACCAGCGAUAUCACCACUUCAUUCAUUCUCUGCUCUUAUGGAUAGAAUUUCACCAGAAAAGUCUCCAGACGCUCAUCAAAGAGGGUGUGGAAAGGAUGUAAAUAACUACAUACAGAAUGAACUGGAAGCAUUAGAACGAGAGCAGAAACAAAUAGAUAAACAGGCUGCAUUGCUUGAAAAAGAUCUACGGAAGGUAAUGGAAGCAGGUAAUGACAGGGAAAGAGAAGAAAUACUUAUGUCUAAAUGGUUCACAUUAGUCAACAAGAAAAAUGCGUUGCUAAGGAGGCAAAUGCAGCUGAAUAUCCUUGAGAAAGAGGAUGAUCUAGAAAGAAGAUCUGAGCUGUUAAACAGAGAACUUCGCAGUAUAUUGGCGAUUGAAGAGUGGCAGAAAACAGAAGAGCAGAAGGUGCGUGAAAAUUUGCUGUUAGAUGAGCUGGUAACCAUUGUAAACAAGAGAGAUGAGCUUGUCCAUCAUUUGGACACCCAAGAAAGAGCUAUUGAAGAUGAUGAUGAAAUUGAGAGAGAUGUUAGCAGAGUUGGAAUUGGCCAACAAAACCGAAAUUGUGUAAUUCAGUGAAACGUCGCUCCUAUAAUAUAGAAGACUGUAUAUACAUAUAUGGCUGUCAUCAAAAUAUUGUGCUGCCAAAGAUCACCAUAGUCAUCAUCAUAUCGCUGCCGUGUGCUCCUUGCUGGGUCUUGUUUUUACACUUUUUUAAAAAUUGUACUCCAUUAUGUAAUAAGAACACAAGUGUGUAUAUGUGCGACUGUUGUGGCUACCUAGAAAUUAAUUUGUGUUCUCUGUUUUUGUUGUUAUUUCUUUUGGAUAUGUGCAGAUUCUGUCUUGGCACAAUCACCCAAAUCCCACUUUGUUUCUUGGAAAUACAGAGAGAUGUUGAAGUGCACAAUGAGUCUGCUUGCAUGUAAUUGGCAGAGACUGUGAUUUAUUUUGUGACACCGAAGGCUUUCCCGGCGUAAUAACUGAUAAUAUUCUUCUCUGGUGUGCAGCCGGAUCAUAAUGUCAUCUUGACACGGUCCAACUGGCCGUCAUCUUCAGAUGAGAGUGCUGGUACACGAUCUCACCGGAACUGACUUCUCAGCGCAUGCGGCGGCCCCUAUAAAGGCCGCAGAAGGCCCACAACGCGUGUGCAAGAAGGUGCCGUAACUGCCCUCUAGCGCAAGUAGCCUUUAUAGGGACCGCCGCUUGCGCUGAGAAGUCAGUUCCGGCGAGAUUGUGUACCAACACUCUCACCUGAAGAUGGCGGCCAGUUGGACCACUGAAAUAUUGUGUCAAGAUGACGUUAUGAUCUGACUGCACACCCGAGAAGAAUAUUAUGUGACUUAUUUUAUUUGUAUGUGCUGCAUCAGAUUUCAUGUGUAAUACUUUUGUGUACAGAAAUGCUGGUCUGUUUGUUAAUUUGUGUUAGGCCUUUUCUAUUUUUUAAUGUUGCUGCUGCCCUGUCAGACACAUGUGAUUUACAUGGUUGUGCUUUGUCAAAUACUUUCUAAAAUCAACAUAGUCAUAAAAUGCAGUUAAUACAAAAGAAAUGGCUUAGUUAAGGGGACAAGCAAGUCACUAGCUAUCAACCAUCACAGGACAGAUUCAUUUCUUUAGUAGUGGUAUUUUUAAUACACAGUAAUACAGGAACAUAUAAGUUUGAUGCUGUGUAAAAUGUGGAGAAAAUGAAGACAUUGAAAACAUAGACAGCAAGUUAAAUGUGGACUAACAAAGGCGAGAAAAUAUUUCUUGGAUUUACUUUUACAGGGCUCUGAGUGAUUUUGCCACCUAAUUGUGAAAGUUUUCAUGUCUUCUUGAUUAUAGAUUUAUAAAGAAUAAGACAGAAAGCCUUCAAAAUUUCUAUCCUUCUUGGCUCAUAAAGGUAAUCGAACUUGGACAACAUGAGACUAAUUCACUCUUGAAUGAUAUCAGCAUGCUGCCAUUUUAUGAGCUGAUAAACAAGCAAGUUUGUUGUAGAUAACAUCAGAUAGACUUGGGUGGGUUCAGCUGAUCAAAAUUACACUUUAUACAGAAUUUCAUGAGUGUGUGCAAGCUGUAGAUGUGUGGCAUACUGCAGACAAUUUGCCCUUUGUGAUACAAAUUUUAAAAGAAAAACACCUGUUGAACAUAAUAAUAUAAAAAGAAUUUGUUUUUAGUUGGAGACAACAACAGAAAAUAUUGUCUAAAAUGUGGGAAGAUAUAAUUACAGUUGCCUUCUGGCAACCAGUACUCUUUUAAAUAUUAGAAAAACAAUAUGCCUUUCAUUACUCACAGUGAUACUAGUAACAAUUUUCUGUGUGUGAAUUCAGAAUAAUGGAGCUAUUAUGUUCAAUAAAUUUCAUUCAUGUGUUAGUUAACAAAAUAAAUGUGUUUGUGUGUAGCCUGAACUCGUAUUAUUAAACUCUGAAUUUGGUUAACAUGUUAACAAAUGCCAGUGACAGGUCAGUCAAUCAUAGCUGAUUCAGUCUUUCACACUGAAGGGUGGAAAUACUUGAACUCUCUCAGAGUGCAAAGUUCACUUGGUACAUUAGUUUCUGUGACAGUGUCUCUUAAGGUCAUGUGUCUGCUGGUGACAUGCAUGCUUGAUUAUUAUUUUUGUGCACUGCAACACAUCCUGUGAUAUUAAACUGUCAUGAUUAUAUAAA